CGCUCCCGCCACGAAUACGCUCGUCUUCCUUCGUGCCGUCACUGUGGCUUUUAUUGUUUGAAAUCGUUGUUUAUUGUUGUUCAAAAGAGUUAUAAUACCUAGCGUGUUGAUCUUGAUGCUUCUAAGGCAUUAUGGGAUUGUCGGCGGCCAUUUUCGAUCGAGUCCCAACGAUCUUACAACCGAUUUUUAUGCCAUUUUUAGGAUGAGUUUAAAUUGAUUUGUUUCUUAGCUGCAUUUUUCUUGACAGGUUUUUUAUGUAUAUGAUAUUCUACGUGACAGUUUAGCAGGAUUCAUCCACGAAAUCCGUGUCAUUGUUGGAUUUGUGAAAGUUUCGCUGCAGCUGUGAAGAUCGUCGAAAACGUUACCCAAAACUACACUAAAAACAGGUUUUUCACAGGAAAACGUUGGAAAUAGCGAAAGAUUGAAAAGGAGACUUACAGUGAGACAGUGGUUGCUGCGAGGAGGUUGUGAGUGGAAGAGUUUGAAGAUUUGUCGUGCUGAGGAGAAAAAGAUUUGUACGUGUAAAGCUAACUUUGCCUGGUUCGUCGGUCACCCACGUGUGAGAUGAGUUCCGUCGCCGUUCAAGUGAUGCCUUCCGUUACGAACUUUUCAAAAGAUUCACUCAUUGCAAACAAACUAGCUUCGGAUCUUGAUGCCAAGCUUGUGUCGUCCUCUAAAAAGGUUUUGUUACAAAGAAUUGAGUUCAAACCCGCGUCCAAACCGGAUCAACAAUACGAAGACUUGAAGAAGAAAUAUGUUCCGUUGAAUUCGCAGCACACGAACGGUUAUCAGCGAAGGGAACCGUUGAGAUCUCCUGAUAGAGAUUCAAAUGACGAGUUACCUCCGCCGAAAGUUGUUUUAUUUCGUAAGGAAAACGUACAGCUGAACUGGAAGCAGAUCCGAAGAGUUGGGCCCGGUUUAAAUAACAUGGGAAACACUUGUUUUUUAAACUCGGUUCUUCAAGUUCUUACGUACACUCCGCCUCUGGUGAACUAUCUGGCGUCGAAAGAGCACACUGAAAAAUGUCGUUCAGUGGGAUUCUGUAUGCUGUGUGAAUUACAAAAACACAUUGUGAGGAGUUUCAGUCAUCACCAAGGAGAGGCCAUCAAACCAAUGGCCAUCAUUCAGAAACUUAAAUUCAUUGCAAAACAUUUAAGAUUUGGGCAUCAAGAGGAUGCACAUGAAUUCUUGAGAUACGUGAUUGAUGGCAUGCAGAAGAGCUGUCUGGCAGCUGAUGGAUACACAGAGAAGCUUGACAGAAUGUCCAAACAUACAACAAUGGUGCAUCAAGUGUUUGGAGGUUAUUACAGAAGUCAGGUUCAAUGUUUAAAGUGCAAGAACAAUUCAAACACUUUUGAUCCUCUUAUGGACAUUAUGCUGGACAUCAAGCAUGUACCAACAGUAGAGAGAGCCCUGCAAAGAUCAGUAAAAACAGAAUUACUAGAUGGAGAGAACCUUUACAUGUGUCCAAGGUGCAAGAGAAAAGUUCCCGCUAACAAACAGUUCCUGAUACACCGUGCACCAAACAUUUUAACAUUACAAUUAAAAAGGUUUGAUUACAAUCAGAGUUUUGGAGGGAAGAUAACGAAGCAAAUUGAAUAUACAGAAUAUCUGAACUUGAGACCAUACAUGACAUCACAGGGUGCCCCUAUCAAGUACCGUUUGUAUGCAGUGCUGGUUCAUUCUGGCUACUCAUCCAACUCGGGUCAUUAUUACUGCUAUGUCAGAGCUUCAAAUGGCGUAUGGUAUCUGAUGAAUGAUUCCAUUGUUCGGCAGGUCACAUUGAAAGCAGUACUCUCUCAGCAAGCUUAUUUGUUGUUUUAUACCAAACUUACUGCGGCACAGGAAUUAAAGUCACCCUCUUUGAACUCGCCUAAAUCCACACCACUGAUGAAAACUCCUGGCACUCCAAAAGAACAUCUACCAAAAGUCAUCCAACCAAAUGAUCUUGGAACUCCUGUCAAAUCUGGGAUCCAUUUUCAUCGUAAUCCGCCAUCAACUUCUACUGUGACCAAACCAUUGACAACAUCAACAACAAACCCUGCCCAAACUGCACCCCUGGCUUCACAGUCCCAGAGAUCCAAGUUCACUUUUACCAUCUCAAACAAAGCUGUGAACAAGGGGAACAAACCAGAUCUGAGCAAGACAAAACAGGACAGAAAUAAACUUGGAGAGAAGGAUGAGAAUAUUGGAAUGCAAGCAAAGUUAAGUAGCUCCACAGACGUGAAUGCUCCAUCAGAGAUCAAGUCUCCAAUCGCUUCUUCUGACAAAAGGACAGACACUGUUACUCAGUCAGAGAGUUCGCAGUCUCCAGCAAAAAUUGACGGUUCUUCAGUUAACGAAAAAUGCCAUUUUAGCCAGAAAGAGAAAACAAAGAUGUCAUCAGAGGAGAGCACUCCAUCAAAGAAAGAAGAGAAGGGAAAAGUUAUUUCAUCUUCUAAGAAACCCCGUCCUCCACCUCUGUUUAUUCCAAGAGCAGUGGUCCAAGGAAAAGGAACACCUCAAUCUACACCAAGAGCAACAACACCGUGGAAAGUUACACCCAAAACAACCACAGAACCACUGUUUGGUCCCAUGUCACCUCCUCGACCAGGUGUGGCACCACCCCAGCCGUCACCAUCGUCAGCACUGUCAGACGCCAGCAGCACCUCAAGUGUGAUGGGCAAAACUGGUGAGUGGAUGGUUACCGAUAAGACAAUCCUCACACCAGGUCCCAAGCUCCCAGAGCGACAGCAUGCAGGAUGGCAAGUGUCAAGGAAGCCUGAGACUGAAGCAGAAGAACUUGGUACUCCAAAGGGGGGAGGGGACACUGAGCUGAAUGGGAAGGAGAGUGACAAGAAGAAAAAGAAGAAGAAACACAAGAAGGAGAAGAAAAAGAAGAGGAAGAAAGAAGAGGGCAAGAAAAAGUAUGACCGGCUUAGUGAGUCAGAUAAGGAGGAGGAGGAGGAAGAAAAAGAUAAAGAAAAACAGAAAAAACUGAAAAAGGACAAGAGCAAAGAAGACAACAGAUCAGAAGAAAAAUCAAAAAGUAAAAAACAUAAGAGGAAACACAAAGGUAAUGAUGAUGAUGACAAUAAUGUAAACCCAAGCAAGAAACCAUGCUUGGUUUCAUAUGCAGACAGCAGUUCCAGCUCAAGUGAUGAACAUGCCUCAAACAGCAGAGAGUCUGAGAAAUCAGGAAAUGUUGACUCACAUGGUCCUACAACUCAAUCCAGAGUGCCAGUUAUCCAUGAGGAUGAACCUAGAAAAAAGAACGCCGCACGCAGGGCAACAUGGGAUGGAUCGCGUGAUUCCUCAACUGUUACUCAGUUGCUGAGUGGCAGUAAAGGUCUCCAUGGUUACGGAGGCUCAGUGGCAUCAUGGGAAGGAGGUAAAAGCGUUGUGGACAGGAGCGGUGGCAGACCAGACAGAAAACGACAACGACGUGACUCGUGGGACGAGGAUUACGACCGAGGAAAGGAAAAGAAGGUUAAGAAAAAUAAGGAUAUCAGAGAAAGACAUUUUAAUGGCAAUCCUUUCCAGCGAGAGCACGAACGACGAAGUACAAAACAGGGUUUCAAAGAACGUUUUUCGCGGCAGCUCUCCAAAAGUCACCAUUCACAUCACGGUCACUUCAGCAAAUCACAUUCGUCUCGGAAAUACCGCAGAUUAUCCAGUUGAAGAACAGCGGCGCACGUUAUACCGGAAAUUUGUAGCUUAGAAAUAAGAACCGACAAGAAUCAAGAAGAUUACUAGGAAGAUUCUCGAUGUACGUUAAAACUCCCAACACCAAUGUAAAGAAAAAAGUUUGAUAAUCACUAAGGAGAAUUGAUACUAUGUCUAAAUCUUUGAAAAUGAGUACGCUUCCCACGUGUCCAAAUUGUUUUAACCGCAGAGAGGGUAAGUGGUUAUUAUAAAUCUUUCUCUUAAUGAGAUUGCCACACAUUGUGUAGAGUGGUUUUCACUUGAUUGUCGUAAAUAGUUUUGCAUUAUAACGUUACACGAUUGGCUUAAAAAAAACUUGCGCCACUUUUUCAUUCAAUCAGGAGUAAUUUAACCAAAACCGAUCAUGACGCGCUCGCACACGUUUUCCCGCGCUUUGCGUCAGCUACACGUAUUUAAUUGGAGUUUUGAUU